CACACCUCCUCGGAUGAUCUCGUCCUCUAUACAAGGCCGCCGCAGACAUGAUCGAUGCAUUCGCAGCAACCGCAACUGCCACAUCCUCGCCAGGUAAAGCUAGCUAGCGGCAGCAGCAGCGAACGCAACAAUGCCGGCGGCGGAGGCGGCGGCGUGGAGGGACGGCGCGCAGAGCGGGCACGCCCGGCGGGUGGCCGUGCUCCGCUGCAUCGUCGCGUCGAUGGUGGUCACCGUCCUCCUCGCGGGGCUCGCCGUGCUCAUCUUCUGGCUGGUGGUCCGGCCGAAGCCCAUCGACUACGCCGUGACCCGCGCCGCCGUUCGCCACUUCAACGUCACGCCGCCGCCCGGCGCCACGGUCAACGCGACGUUCUACCUCACGUUCGCGGCGCACAACCCGAACCGGCGCGUGUCCAUCCUCUACGAGUGGGUGGAGUUCCGCGUGCUCUACGGCGAGUCCGCGCAGCUCGCGGUGCAGGACGCGUCGGCGUUCCGGCAGCCGCGGCGCAACGAGACGCGGCUGGACGUGCGCGCCGUGGCGCGGUCGGCGCCCGUCGGGGAGCAGGCCGCGCGGGAGCUGCGGCACGACCUCGCGGCGGGCGCGGUGGGCGUCGACGUCCGGAUGCGCGCGCGCGCCCAGUUCAAGGUCGCCGGCGUCAGGUCCAGGAGCUACAGCCUGGAGGCCUUCUGCUCGCCCGUCGUCGUCGGCCUGUCGCCGUCGGCGGCGCGGUCGUUCCAGAGCGUGCCGUGCGACGUCGCCGUCUCGUGAGGGAGGCGACAUGCUUAGUGCUUUGCAGGAUCACCACUAGCUGAGCGUGGCGUGUUGUAAAAAAUCUUGGCCGCCUGAAUGUUGGAUUCAUGCAUGGUUUGUUAGGCUGUGUUGACUCCUGAGAUCGAUGUGCCUUGUAAAUCAAGCUAGCUCUACCUCUACUAGAUGCUGCCUUCUUUCCCUUUCCGUUUUUCAAAUCGGGGUGUGUUUAGUUGGUGAAAAAGUUUGGAUUUCGAUACUGUAGCACAUUUCAUUGUUACUUGAUAAAUAAUGUCCAAUUAUGGACUAAUUAGGCUUAAAAGAUUCAGCUCGUGAUAAUCAGUUAGGCUGUGUAAUUAGUUAUUUUUUUCAACUACAUUUAAUGCUUUAUGCAUGUGUUCAAAACUUCGAUGUAACCGACACUGUACAAACUAUUUUGAGAACUAAACACCCUCGUGUUGUGCUGA